CGGCGGCCGGCGAUGGGGAUGAUGACCAUGCACCGUGGCUACCACGUCGAGACCGUGCCCUACACCAACCGCGCCCACCUCGUCCCCCGCUCCGGCCGGGCCGCACGCGAGCGCCAUGCCACCGACUCCUACUUCGCCGCUUUCAAGAAGCAGUACGCAUCCUGGAUCCUCAAGGAGAACGACGAUCAGACCGUCCGCGUCAAGCGCAUCGUCAUGGAGCUUGUCGGUGGCGUCCACCGUAGCCUGCCCAACAAGGCUCGCCACUGGGUGGACGACCUCAAGUGGGAGGCGGUUGUUCUCAGACACGACAGCGUCAACGCUUAUGUGCUAUGCACCGGCAAAAUCGUAGUUUUCACCGGGCUGCUCCGCCGUCUCCACACCGACGCCGAGAUCGCCGCUGUUCUUGGGCACGAGUUCGGACACGUUCUUGCAAAGCACACGUCAGAGAUGAUCGCAAACUUGAUCGACAACAAGUGGUUUCCGGCCCUCCUCACCGCCCCAUUCCUACGAUGGCAGGAGAUAGAAGCAGACUAUAUCGGAAUGAUGCUACUCGCAGCUGCUGGUUACGAUCCACAUGAAGCCCCUCGAGCCCUUGAGAAGGUCGGGAAGAUGGAAAGAAAAUCUGUAUUGGAGAAACUGCUGUCUUCCCUCUCUCAUCCAUCCUGCAAGAAAAGGUCACGGCUGCUAUCGCAACCUAGGGUCAUGAGGAAGGCGAUGACAUUAUACACACAAGUGAAAGGAAAGAAGGAUUUGUGAAGUUGCAAGUAAGUACUAUAGCUACACACUUGAGUUAUUUCUAGGCAACAAGAUCAAGAAAUUUACUAUGGUGAUGACAAGGAAGAAAAUAGACUGGUUCUAGAAAGUAAUGACCCAGGAACAAUUACCCUAUUGAGUUGGGUGCUUCUCGAAAUAUGUCUCACAAUUGAAAAUUUUCAUAUCCAAAACUUGUGUAUUCUAGAGUUUCCUAUUUGUGCGUUCAUGAUCUUAGGGCAUCUCCAAGGCGGACCCACAACCUUCCGCAACCAUCCGGACCGCGAAAGCCACGCAACGCCGACCUGUAUCGGUCCGUGGGGCGGUCCUGAUGUGAUUUCUCUCACAAAUUAGGAACAAAGUGGGAGAGGUUUGCAGGAGUUAGGACACCCGAAACGUUAGACUCCGACAACCUCGGCCCACCCAAUCCUCCCUCCUGGCCCUAUUUCCUUCCACAUCGCCCCUUCUCCCCCUUGCUUUGCAUCCGCACCCUCCACCUCCACCGUCGCUGUUAUUCGUCUGAGGCCACCACAGAGGCAUCGCCGGACGUCUGCAACCAGCACCGACGUGCCAGCUCGCUGUUUCGAUGGAUCUUUCUAUAGCCUGGAACCGUUUUUACCCAGGUACACUCCACCCCCUGUCCACGACCUCCAUGGCA